CUUCUUUGCGAACCACUUCAUGACUCGACAUCUCGUUCUGUAAAUCGAAGACGACGGACGCAUCAUGGCUGGUGGCGGUCUGGGAUGGGUCAGCAACCCGGCGGAAACACGCGGCCCGCUGCUGCAAAUUGUCACCUACACCCUGCUGGGUGUCAGUACCAUCUUCGUCGGACUUCGACUGCAGCAGCGAUGGAUAACCACCAGAUGGCGGGCAGAUGAUUACUGCUUGAUACUCGCGCAGUGCUUCCACAUUGCCUUUGCAAUCAUUACGCAAUUCGAGGUUUCUGCUGGGUUUGGAAAGCAUUCUCUCGAUGUCCCAUUCACAAACCUCAUGUCACUUGCGAUAUAUGGCCUUUGCGGAAUCACUGUCGCCUUUCUGGGGAUUACCGUAGCCAAGAUCUCUUUCGCAUUCACUCUUCUGAACCUCGCCAACAGCCUGUGGUCGUGGAUCAACUGGGUCAUCUGGUUCAUCGUUAUCAGCUUGAUCGUGUUUACACUUCCAGUGGCUAUUCUGCCAUGGGUGCAAUGCGACCCACUGGCCAAGGCGGUUGUCGACUUCAUUCCAGGAACAUGUGUCAACAAGUGGCACACCAUCAACUUCGGCAUAUUUCAAGGCAUAUACUCUGGCUUGAUGGACCUUUUGCUCGCAUUCAUGCCAUGGAAAAUUGUCUGGAACUUGCAGAUGCGCCCGAUUGAAAAGGUUGGAGUCGGCAUGGCGAUGAGCCUCGGAUGCGUCGCGGGCGCCAUGGCUUUCAUGCGAGCUUCGCUGGUGCCUAACCUCGCGACCACGGAUGUGUCAUAUGACGGUGCCCUUUACACUCUUUGGGGCGAGAUCGAGAUGGGUACCACCAUUAUCGCGGCAUGCAUCCCGGCCCUGCGCAGGAUGAUCCGUGACGGAGCCAUCAGCACGCGCAACCGCACCGCCAAAUUCACCGGGCGGAGCGGCCAGAGCAGCAGCGCGACCGGUUCCAAGCUGGGCGUCUCGGGCAAGAGCGGGUACGCAAACGGGCUCAGCAGCAACGGCACCGGGACUUUGGUCGACAAUGGCGGCGACGGAAACAGUUUCCCGCUCGCGCGCCUCAGAGACAACAACAACAACGGCGGCGGCGGCGGCGGCAACGACGGCAACGAGAAGAACAAGAGACGGGUCGUCAGCUCGAACAAGUGGUACUCGGCGUAUGACCAGGGCGCAGCCGACGACAGCGACGAGAGCAUCAUGCUUCGGCAGAGCACCGACGCGGGCAUGGCCGCGCUCACGGCAAAGUACGACAGGUACGGCAACCCGGUGGUGGACCAGACGAACCGGUUGAGCAGCGGCGAGACCAGCGAGACGGAAUAUCGCAGGCAGUCGACGCCCACGCUGGAAGUAGAACAUCACGGCAUCAGCGUGGUCAGCCCUGUGCCGCGCGUGGCCUCGAGAAAUUGGCCAUUAUAGCAUCGCUCCCUUCAUUUCUCCUUUCCUUAGCUUUAGCGGUUCUCGAACAUUAUUAUACAAACGAUAUCAACCAAG